GCCGCGAAGCGGGGCCUGGGCGCGGGCGCUGGGGGUGCCCCGGCCGCGGCGGGCACAGGAGGAAGCGGCGGCGGCGCCUCCCGAGCCGUGCGCGCCAUGUCGGGCGGGCCCCCCAAGGGCCUGCCGUCCACCGGGCCCCACUCCCUGCUCGACAUGCCGCACCCGCUGGCCGGCUCCAGCAGCGAGGAGGCCGUGGGCGGCGACAGCACGCCCAGCCCGGACCUGCUGAUGGCCCGCAGCUUCGGCGACAAGGAUCUCAUUUUGCCCAACGGUGGUACUCCGGCAGGUACUUCCAGUCCCGCUUCUUCAUCCUCCCUUCUCAACAGACUUCAGCUGGAUGAUGACAUCGAUGGUGAGACCAGAGAUCUCUUUGUCACAGUUGACGAUCCCAAGAAGCAUGUCUGUACGAUGGAGACCUACAUCACGUAUAGGAUCACCACCAAAAGUACACGGGUGGAGUUUGACCUUCCAGAAUAUUCUGUCCGUCGAAGGUACCAGGAUUUUGACUGGCUGAGGAACAAACUGGAGGAAUCCCAGCCCACUCAUCUCAUUCCCCCACUUCCUGAGAAGUUUGUGGUGAAAGGCGUUGUGGAUCGUUUUUCAGAAGAGUUUGUGGAGACCAGAAGAAAAGCUUUGGAUAAAUUCCUGAAAAGAAUUACAGAUCAUCCUGUGUUGUCUUUCAAUGAACACUUCAAUGUUUUCCUUACUGCUAAGGACCUGACUGCCUACAAGAAGCAAGGAAUGGCGCUGCUGACCCGAGUGGGCGAGUCCGUCAAGCACGUCACCGGGGGCUACAAGCUGAGGAGUCGACCUCUUGAGUUUGCAGCUAUCGGCGACUACUUAGAUACGUUUGCGCUCAAACUGGGAACCAUUGACCGAAUAGCCCAGAGGAUCAUCAAAGAAGAAAUAGUUUCUCUUCUCCCUUUAGAGUACCUUGUAGAGCUGAGAGAAUAUGGGCCUGUGUACUCCACGUGGAGUGCGUUAGAGGGGGAGCUGGCUGAGCCCCUGGAGGGUGUGUCAGCUUGCAUUGGCAACUGCUCGACGGCCUUGGAAGAGCUGACAGAUGACAUGACAGAAGACUUUCUACCUGUGCUCAGGGAAUAUAUUUUAUACUCUGACUCUAUGAAGAGCGUCCUGAAGAAGAGGGACCAAGUGCAAGCGGAGUACGAAGCCAAACUGGAAGCUGUGGCUCUGAGGAAGGAAGACCGCCCCAAGGUGCCGGCAGAUGUCGAGAGGUGUCAGGAUCGGAUGGAGUGUUUCAAUGCCGAUCUGAAAGCCGACCUGGAGAGGUGGCAGGGCAACAAGAGGCAGGACUUCCGGCAGCUGCUUAUGGGCAUGGCGGACAAGAACAUUCAGUAUUAUGAGAAGUGCCUCAUGGCGUGGGAGUCGAUUAUUCCACUACUGCAAGAGAAACAGGAGGCCAAGUAAGUUCCCUCCUGGGACAGAGACUCUUCUGCCUGCACAGGGCAUGGCGCACCCGAACGCCCCCGUCGUGCCAGAGAGACGGCACUGAGAAAACAGCCGCAGAAGCGUCUCUCCUUUGUGUAUUUCUUUCCCUUCCUGUCCCUCCCCCCUUCGUCUGCCGGUGGUUUUCCAUUAGUAUUUAUUCCUCAGUGGAGUCCGUAAGGCCAUCUUCAUCUCUCAGCGAAAGCAGCAUACCUCCGUGGCACGAAGGAACCCGCGAAAUGGAACACUAAGAAGGUUUGCAGCCGAGGGACGAGACAGCCCGGCUCACGUUCUGACAUCUCAUGACAGUUUCCUGUUUGGGGGGGGGACCGCAGAGUUGCCUGGGGUGGAAAAGAGCCCAGGUCUUGCUUUUCAAGGACACGAGGGAGGCAUGAACAGAAGGCACCCCAUUUUCCAUGGACACGUAGUGACUCCGGAACGGACCUCUGUGGGGCAUUGACUUGCCUCAGCCUAGAAGGAGCUGUUGGCACCUCCGUGGAAAGCCCUUCACGUGCGUACAGUGGCCUGUGGCCAUGAGUGUGGCCCGCUUCUGGUGAGUGACGCCUGUUUUGUGGCUUCUGGUUCAUUCGGGACCAUGUAUAUCCGCGUCUGUAUGCAUCUGUGCUAGAACGAGCAAGCCAGUGUCCUUGUCCUCACGCGAUACCUCGGGAAGCCGAGGGGGACAGCGCUCCCCAAACUUGUUUCUGACACUAGAAUGCCCUAGAUUGGAAACUUGUUUUUGCAUAAAAUGGGAGAAAAAAAAAAGGUGCAUUUUUCUCUGUGAAGUUCUUCAGUGUUUUUCUUUGGCUUGUGAGAUGCGGUCAGAGUAGAGAGUAGGCCUGUUGUGGGGAAUCUGUGUCAUCUGGAAGUCGGAGGAGCUCCCCAGGAGCUGGGAUUGGCGGGCACACACCAAGCCCCAUCCCCACGCCUGCCCUGGGCAGUUUGCCUUUACCUCACCCGAAAUUCCUCAUUUCAUGUUGUCCUGCCACGUCCACUGAAUGUUUGGGCAAACAUUUGGUAAGAGGCUGUUAACGCUGUCGUGACACAGUCAAGAUUUUGUAAACUCAGCGUGAAUGUUCUGCAUGAAGUGCUGUAACCCUUGAUAACUCCCCGGUCAGGAAGAGAAGUCAGUGAUCGGGGUGGUGGGAGGGGCCUCAGACAUGACAAGUGUAACAGAGACCGUCUCUGCUUCUAGAGAAGCGAGAAUCUGCUCCGUUUGCAGCCAUACUCCUGGGGACUGCCAGCUGCAUCACCAGUCUUCACUUCAAACUAUGGCCAGGUUUGCUUCCCCCCCCCGCCCAAAAUCAACACAAAGCAAAGAGGAUCUGUCUUCCAACUCGUUUUAUUUGCUCCUGAAACGAAGCUACCUAGGUCAUGUUGUGUUCUUUCAUCCGUGGCUCAUCCCCUCUAAAAUUAGAAACCAGAGCCUCGAGGAGGCGGUAGUAUUUUCGUAGCGAAGCAAGCUGUGCCGAGACACUGGUGUAGACGCAAGUUAACCCACAGACACCGGGCGCCGCGCAACGUAUCGGAAUCACUCUGUCCCGCGGCCGCCGCUGUGGUGUCAGUGGCACGGCGGCAGGACAGCACAGAGCCGUUCGGUUCUGUUUCAUCGUGUUUGAAGAAGUCACGGUGUAAAUUAGAAGUUAUUUGUUACUCGCCUGCACCGUCAGACCCACUCGUGCCAUUCUAAGAUCCUGCGAAUUUUCUGUUUGGUACAAUUAGGAAUGAUCCCUUGAAGCAGAAGGGUGAGGACAGUUCAUCUCCCCUGAGUGUGAGUCCGUGUUUCACGCGACCUCUACGCCAUCACGUUGGUGCGGGUCAGGAUGUCUGGGUCCAGCCUGACGUUUGCUGGUAGAACAGGGUUGUGUAUCUAAUAAAGGGUCAGUGGCCCUCUGUUGAUAUUUCGUGGAAGGCACUAGACUGACCUUAGCAGCAAGUGCUCAAAUGCAGGAACGUGUGAAGCCUUGCCUUGUGGAACGUGUGCUUUAAAAAUGUUGUCCAGUGUAACGAGUGCUUGGACAGAACGUGGAAAGAGUUACAGGAAGGCCAGAACCCCGUCUGCUGCUGAGCUGCCAAAGCCCGGGAGCGUUCCUGUGUGAAGGUUAGCUGGGCAAGAGGGCAACCCUUCAGAAAAGUCACCGGGUUCCUCUCUGGGACACGUGGGAAGGGAGUGGGGGGACGCAGUCAUUCUGUACGUUACUGGAGGCAGAAGACGAGCUCAUAGGGGAUUCGGGCAUCUUCGGGGUUUGUCUCUCUCUGUUUGUGCCCCAUGUGAUGUUUCUGUGCUUUAGACCCCAGGGAGAGUGGGAGCAUUGACAGCAGAGCUGGGAGAACCAGCGCAUGUUACAGACUUCCCUGGAGAGACGCUUUUUCCCUAAGAAGGGACCCUCGCCCCUUCCUCUCGGCUGGCGUCAGAUGAGGGGAGGAGGCUGGCCCAGACAGAAGGGACGGUAGUCAGGGAGGGAGGCUCCCUCAGUCCCCGAGGGUCAGCAGCCCUGGGCCUUUGCCCCUUUCUCUUGGUGGGCACAAAGGUGAUUCCCUGUGAGAAGUGACUCGGAGGCUUCUGCCAAAGACUGCCUCGUAGAGGCUUCCUCACCCCAUCCUUCUUAGCUCCGCCACGUCGUGGUGCCGAGAUCACUGCCUCCUCUCUCGCGUUUGUGUCCAGGGGGCUUUUGUUUGAGGACGCACUUGACCUCAGGCAGACCGACUUGGACAGGUUCUGAGUCUUGAGCUUGAGGCCGUGGGAUGGACAGUGGUCCCUGGCCUCCAUCCCUCCGGUGCGGGGAGCGAAAGUUUCAUUCACUUCAGGUUACAAAUCCAGGUAAGGCGGAAGAGAGCACUCCUAGACACUGAGCAGGUGUGGGGAGAUGCAGGUGUCUGAAGCGAGCAGUUGUCAUUGUGGCAGAUGCGGCCACUGCUCUUCUUCUCAUGUGCUGGAUUCACAAGAAGAUUCCAGGCUACUCUGCCCAAAGCAAAGCACCACUAUUCCUCCUGAAUGAGGAGGGAACACCUUACACAGCCAGGUUUGGGGUUGGGUUGUAUCCUUUAAUAAGACUGAAUAAUAAUUCCCAGUGACCUCAGAUAAGUGCAAUUAUGGAGAGGAUUGGCUCGUAUUUCACUGGGCUGCUCGCUGAACUCCCCAGACACCUGUCUUUAGGUGAAUAACAAUAACAGAUACGACUCCGGGGACCGUGGUGAAUGUAACAGAAGCUUUGUCUUCAUGCCAAAUUUCAGCCACAACUGGAGUGCGUUCUCCAUGUUGUUGAAUUAAAUGUUCUGUUAGUCACCAUCCACACGAGGGAUUUAAGUGCUCUCGUGAGGCCGCUUUUGUGUUGAAAUGGCAGGAAGUCCUGCUUUAGAGGAGGGCAUGGUGGCUGGGUGGGCAUUUGCAAGUGGAGUUUCUCCCUUGGGACGGCGGCUGUCAGCCCAGGCCACACCCAGUGUCCGUGCGCCUGGGCCCUGCCAUCCAUACCACUGAAAUCCCAGGCCCCUGGCUUUGUUCUGAUGCCAUUCAUUGGACUGAGAGUAGUCCUUCUUUAGACUCUGUCCUGAGAAAGGGCGGGAGAGUGGGAUCCAACCACAAGCCCCCGGGUCCGUGUUGGCCUCGUCCUUGUGGGUCUCAGGAUGGGUUAGAAUAGAUUCUCCUCUCAGUGCCCUGAAGAACGCCUCUGCUCAGAAAGUGGAGUGCCGGUGUGUGGUCAGGGCCGGGCACCGCAAGCCUGCCCCCUGCCUUCCCAGACGCCUACUCGAAAGGCCUGUGCACACUGAGCAAUCUCCUUGUAAGGCUGGAGUAACACCUGCUUUAGCGAUCCCCGCCUACAAGAUGUGUUGGAAAUUUGGGUUUGCCUUCUCGCUUUCAGGAGUCCUCGAGAUGGCAAUAGAUCGGACAGGCCCUCUUAUGUUUUCUCCAUUCAGAUGGCAGGUGGCGUUUGUCAGUAGAUUUGAGGAAAAUGUCAUCCCCUGCGCCCGCCGGACCUAUCCAGCUGGGGGUGUCAGAGUUGUUCUCUGCUUCCUCAUGGUUUUUUGAUUUAGUGAAUAAACCAGAAACCUGAUUUUUUCAUCAGUUCACCCAAUAGACAGCUUUCUGUUUUUAAGGAUGGCUGGUCUACCUCCGCUAGCCCAGAUGAGAGCUGCACAGGGCUGUCUGCAUCAGAAAAGGCGGGGGAGGGGCCUUUGUCGCAGGGACUUUGACUGUGUUCCUUAAUCCUAUGUGCUUGAAAUGCAUUCUGGGUAUGGCUGUGUAACCCUUUCUGUGUGGCAGCAAAAAUGCGUUAUCCAGGUAGUUUUUACUACUCUAGAUAGCCUGUAAAUAAGUGCUUUCGAAAAAAUAACUUUCACAAAACCAAUAAGGUAUUUGAGUCACAGAGAAACACUCUGUGUAGUUAGCGCUUGAAAAUCAACCAGCCCAGACUUGUAAAAAUGCCACAACUGUUGGAAGCCUAAUUCUGCUUUUUGAGAAUUGUCAACACCUAUUAAUAUGCCUUAUUCUUCAACUCGUGUGUUUUAGAUUCUGGAUAGAAAGAGUUUUUAGAAACGUAGUUGGUUGUUCAGCUUAACACUAGAGGUCUAACAUAGCCUGCCCUCAGCCCUCUUAAAGCAACAAGAAAGUACGGUUCAUAAUUGGGGCUGCCUUUUGGGAAUGGAAAGCUAAGCGUUGCUAUUGCCAAAUGAUAUUUUUGAUAACGUAAGGAAACACAGGGACCACUAUACCGUUUUUGUUUGUUUGUUUGUCUGUUUUCAAGUGUGAAAGAUGAACUCAGUGCCUUUCGGCACACUCUUGAUUGUAGAGCAUCGACAAAUCACAGAGACACGAAGAACUCUAGAUUAUGACAAUAUUAAUGGUUUACCCCAAUUCUGCAGAACAGCUUUUUAAAAGAUAACCGGGGAGCAGGCGGGGGAGGGCCUCAGAGCAGCAUGCUUCAGAUAGGAAUUCUCCACAAGUUGAAAUGCCAAAAACCUAAAACAUACUGUGUUGCCUCACAUACUUUAGUCCAUUUUCGCAGAGCUUUCCCUAUUAACGCGCCCGUGACGGGGUAUUACACAUACACCUCCCCGGGCUGCCCCGCCCCCUUCACCAGGUGAUCCCGGCACUCCCCGCGCCCCGGGGCCAGGUCAGAGCAGGUAAAACCUGUCAACACCCCCGCUUGGGACAGGUGGUUCGCAGUCUCAGACCAGCCCUGCAGUCACAAUGGUACUGGAAGGACAAAAGGGGGAUGGCUGUUUCCCCAGUGUGGAAACAGGGAGGGGAAAGGAGGUUGCAAACAGAAUGUGAAUCGGUGUGCUUGAAGGACACCUGUGUCAGCUGGGCUUUCGUGGAACAACAAACCAGCACCUCUCCACAGUGAGCACCGUUCACCGGGACACUCCUGAGGGUUUGGUCCUGUCCAGUAAAUGCCCUGUCCAUUGUACACCCACGUGCCUGAUCCCCUAAUGUCUGUGCGUUGGGAAUGCAUUGAGAGAUGAUGUCCAUCUAAUAUCUUCCCAUACAAUAAACUGCCAACCAACUUUCUAACUUGUAUUUUAACUGUUGAAAAAGAGAUUCAAAACUUUUGCUUACAUCAUGUCCAAAGUUUGGACUGUAUUUCUUAUUUUUAGAAAUCAUUCUUUACAUUUAAAAUUUUAACAGAAAAAAUACCCCCCCCCAGGUAUUGAUAAAGUCCCCCAUGUAAACGUGUUUCUCUUCUCUCCAUGCUGCCAAUAAGCCAAAUCAAAAGCUGUGGGAAAAAAAAAAGUGCUCAAGAAUGUGUGUAGAUGAGAAAGUGAUUUAUUUCCAGGUCAAAGUCUCUGUUUCAUGAAGCUACCAAACUUUAAAAAGAAUGUCACCUUUUUUUUUCCUUUGUUCUGGAACCCAGAGAUUGUAAAAAGAAAUAAAAGUUUUUGUUGCAUUUUUGAUGAUGGUACGAGGUUUUUGUCCACUUUUUUUCAUAUAUCUGUGUAUGAAAAAUUCUGUCUGUUGUUUACUAUGAAAUUAGUAUUACAUUUUGAGGUAAACAAAAGAAUUUGUAUUGCUUGAUAAACUAUUAGCUUGUAAAUUUAAAAGGUCUCUUUUCCUUAAUUAACUUAAAGUAAUGGACCAAUAAACCUAUGAAAGAUGCUUUCUUUA